UUUCCGGUCUUCCUCACUCUCCCAUUUUCUGUGAUUUUACGCGCAGAAAGGAAGCAACAAUGGCGGACGCUGCUCCAGCCGCACGUGGUGGUUUCCGUGGAGGUUUCGGCUCUCGUGGCGCGGGCGAUCGUGGUGGUCUGAGAGGCCGUGGACGCGGCAGAGGCAGAGGACGCGGUCGUGGACGCGGGAAGGAAGAGGGCAAGGAAUGGGUCCCUGUCACCAAGCUGGGUCGCUUGGUCAGAGACGGCAAGAUCCAGUCUCUCGAACAUAUUUAUCUGUUCUCCUUACCCAUCAAGGAGUUCGAGAUCAUUGACAAGUUCCUCGGGCCGGAUCUGAAGGACGAGGUUUUGAAGAUCAUGCCUGUGCAGAAACAGACGAGAGCAGGUCAACGUACACGUUUCAAGGCUUUUGUCGCCAUCGGAGACAGCAAUGGGCAUAUCGGGCUCGGAGUGAAAUGCUCCAAGGAAGUAGCCACCGCCAUUCGGGGUGCUAUCAUUCUGGCGAAGCUGUCCGUUGUACCCGUCCGACGCGGUUAUUGGGGCAACAAAAUUGGCAAGCCGCACACAGUGCCGUGUAAGGUGACCGGCAAAUGCGGUUCGGUGCAAGUGCGUCUCAUACCGGCGCCUCGAGGUACCGGCAUCGUGUCCGCUCCGGUUCCCAAGAAGCUACUCCAGAUGGCCGGUAUCGAAGACUGCUACACCUCGGCCAGGGGCUCCACCUGUACCCUCGGUAACUUCGCCAAGGCGACGUACGCCGCGAUCGCCAAGACAUACGCGUAUCUGACGCCCGAUCUGUGGAAGGAACAGGCUCUGGCUAAGGCGCCGUACCAGGAAUUCGCUGAGUAUCUGUCCAAGACUCACAAAGGAGGCGCGAGGGCAGCCGAAGUUGUCUAAAUAAACGCCCAGUUGCCACGAAAA